UCUCUCUUUCAGAAUUCUAAUUGAAUACUCUGUCUUGAGUUGCGUUGAGUUGGCAACUGUUGUCCUCCUUCCCCCGAUUUGCAAAUCUUAAAGAAUUUGGUUUUAGGUGGGUAAGACGAUUUCGUCCUCCCCAGUCCCUCCCCAGUCGAAGCCGUUCCUUCCCCUCUCUCGCCGAUCUGCUUUUCUCCUUGAUUUAUUUGGUGUUGUCAACAAUUUGGCAAUCAGAAUAUCAACUUUUGUCAGCUAAGUGAUCCAGGCGAUAAAGUGGUGGUGGGGUGUCAACUGAUUGGUAUAUAUUUCUCAGGUCUUGUCUCUUGAUGGCUGACUGGGCGGGUCUUCCUCGAGAGCUUAUCUUGUCUUUAGCUGAACGUAUGGGUUCCUUGGAGGAGUUCAUUGUUUUUGGUGCAGUUUGUAAAUCGUGGAGAUCAGUUGCGACCAAAGAAAACUACUUCACUUGUGAAUUAGGACCGAAACAUCAAGUCCCACUCCUUAUUCUUCCACAGGAGAAGGGUGCUGCCACCCGCAAGUGUUACAACCUGAAGAAACGUAAGAUUUGCCAACUAAAUCUGUCCGAACUUGAGGACAAGCUUUUCCUCUCUUCUUUGGGAUGGCUGCUGACCGUAUCUAAAAAAGAUUUGAAAUUUUGUUUGAUACAUCCUCUAAAUCAUGCCCGGAUUGAGCUGCCAUGUCCGGUGCCUAAUAUGGCACCCAGCUUGUUGUCCAAUUUUUCCAUAAGGAAGUUUGUCUUAUCAACCAGCCCGUCUUGGACCUCAAAUUUCAUCGUCAUGGUUUAUCAGUCUCAAACUGUGUCAUUUUGCAGACCAGGACACAGUGAACAUUGGAUAAGUGUAUGUCUGCACACACCAGGAAUAUUAAAUGAUCUAACUUAUUAUGAGGGACAACUUUAUGCCGUGAACUAUUAUGGUCAUGUUUUUAUUUGUGAUAUUGAAGAUCCUAAGCAAGCAGAAGUAAGGAUUGUUGCUCCACAAUUUCCAAAGGAAUAUUUGGGUCCUAUGAUGCAAAUUAAAGUAGCUUAUCUGGUGGAAUCAGCCAGGGACCUGUUGGUGGUUUUGUGCUUUUUCAACCCGAAGACAAAGUUCCAUGCAACUACCGGCUGCAGAGUUUUCAAGGUCCCAUUUAGUGACGGCAGUUCAUGGUUGGACUCGGAGGUAAAGAAUCUGGGUAAUAGAUCCCUGUUCUUGUGCAGAAAUGCUUCUUCUUUCUCUGUUGAGGCCUCCGACUGUUCUGGAUGGAAGCCGAAUUGCAUUUACUUCAUGAAUAACAAGCGUGCUUCUCUAAGAGUAGAUAUGGACAUGGGUAUCUUUAAUAUGGAUGAUGGACAAAUCGAGCGGCCCUUUGAUAAUUCCUUUAAUAUCUGUUAUAAAGGAAGGAAUUAUGAAACAUCACAUUUGUGGAUUGAACCAAGUUUCUAAAUAGGAUGUGCUAGCUCGCUUCUUGUCCAUCAUCUUUUAUUUAUACUCAGGGCGCAUAUGGAUUGCACCAAAGCGUAUUCUGUUUUUCCAUUUGUUUUAUUUAUACUCAGGGCACAUAUGAAUUGAAUGAUUUACCAGAUUUCAUUCAGAUAAUCAGAUUCUUUUAUGGAAGCUCAGAGUUGUCUAAUGAAACUUAUUUUUCAAGUCUUUUGUUGAAAGUAUAUGCUGACUUAUGCCUUAUAACCGAUAAUCUUGAAUGGCAUUCAAUUAGUAGUACUUUGUGGAGUGGUGACUUUUCAAGUCAUAGUUUUACUUUGAUCUUAUUGUAUGUUUUUGGUGAUCUAAGUGGUUUGUGAUUUUUUGGAA